AUGAAGUACGUUGGAUCCUGCAUAGUUUGGCUUUGUAUGGCAGUCUUCCUCCUCCUGCCUGUUUCUACUUCUGUGGCUGUCAGUGACCAGACAGGUGCCGUGUGUCCUUUAAUGAAAACAGUUGUCCAUCAUCUCAAACAAAUGAACAGAGAUAGUCUUCGUGUUUCAGGAUUUGAUCUGGCAGAAAGCUUUUCUUUGAGGCAAACAUCUUGUGGAGGGGAAAAAAUCUGUUUUAAACUGGGAAGCGCACCUCUCAUCAGAGACACAAAGCAAGUGUUUCCAAAUGGGCUUCCUGAAGAAUACUCUCUAGUUGCUAUAUUCCGUGUACGGCGAAGUACCAAGAAAGAGCGUUGGUAUAUAUGGCAAGUUCUAAAUCAGUAUGACACACCUGAGAUCUCUGUGCUUCUGGAUGGUACAAAAAAGGUUGUGGAGUAUAUGACCAAAUCUGCUCACAGAAAUAUACUGCACUACACUUUUAAGAGUCGAGAAAUUUAUCCAUUGUUUGAUCGUCAGUGGCAUAAGCUUGGUAUUAGCGUGCAGUCGGGGAUCAUUUCCCUCUAUUUGGAUUGUAAUUUAAUUGAGAGAAAGCAGACUGAUGAAAAAUUCACCAUUGACUUGCAGGGAAGGACUCUGAUUGCUUCUCGUGCUGCAGAUGAUAAGCCUGUAGAUAUUGAACUUCACCGCAUAACAGUUUAUUGUAAUCCAAAACUUGCAAUGGAAGAUACUUGUUGUGAAAUAUCUGCAGACCUGUGCCCACGAGAGGAGAGGUUACUUGCUACGACUUCAGCACCAGUGACUGCUCAUGCUAGCAAAAUAUACACCCUUCCAGGAAUGCAGCAAGAAUCUAGAGAGAGAUGCCACUGCUUUCCAAAUAAAGGAGAAGCCGGAUUGCCAGGAGUAGCUGGUUUGCCAGGCCAGAAAGGACAUAAAGGUGAAAAGGGUGAAAUAGGUGCGAAAGGACAGGAUGGGGUUGCUGGUCUUCCUGGCGAAAAGGGUGAACGUGGCUUUGCCGGUAGUAAAGGUGAAGAAGGUGAAAAGGGGCAAGAAGGAGAUGACCAAGUUCCAGGUCCUAAGAUUUUGUUAGGGACAGAGGGACUAAAAGGUGACCCUGGUAGUCCUGGUGUGGCUGGUCCUAAAGGAGAAAAGGGAGAUGCAGGACCUCCAGGACCAACUGCCUUGAGUGGUUUGCCAGGGCUCGAGGGUCCCCCAGGUCCACCUGGCAAAGAAGGUCAAAGGGGAAGGCGAGGCAAACCAGGUCUCCCAGGAGAACCAGGGCCACCAGGACCUCCUGGUCCUUCUGGACUAAAAGGAAUUCUGGAUUCUUUGGACAAGCAAUAUAAUCAGAGUGAUACAAGACUGCUAGGACUACUUGGGACCCCUGGACCCAAGGGACAGAAGGGAGAUGUUGGUCAGAAAGGAGAAUUGGGAAUGGCCGGCGCAAAAGGAGAAAAGGGAGAGCCUUCUGAGAAAGGGGGCAAGGGAGAUCCAGGAGAAACUGGAAUCGAGGGAUCGAAAGGAAAUAAGGGUGAAACAGGAGAGCCUGGACCAGCUGGUCUUACUGGAAAUCCAGGAUCACAGGGACUGCAAGGACCUCCAGGACCUGUUGGACCCAGGGGACUGCCAGGAGAAGUUGGUUUACCGGGAGAGCAUGGGGUACCAGGAAACCCGGGAGUUAAAGGAGACAAGGGGGAUCCUGGUGGGAUUAUGGGACCGCCUGGACAUCCAGGUCCAAAAGGUGAUAUGGGGCCUCCUGGAACAGGUCUACCUGGAACACCGGGUACCACUGGUAAUCCUGGAAACCCAGGUCCAAGGGGGCCAAAGGGAGAAAGAGGACUACCUGGUGUACAAGGAGCACCUGGGGAGAUGGGCGCCCCUGGAAUAGGCAUUCAGGGAUCACCAGGUCCUAUAGGUCCAACUGGAUCCACAGGUGUGCAGGGGCCUAGGGGACCCCCAGGAUUACCAGGAACUCCAGGUACCCCUGGUAUUAAUGGCACUCCAGGAAGAGAUGGAAAGCCAGGACUACCAGGCCCUCCAGGUGAUCCUAUUGCACUGCCACUUGUGGGAGACAUGGGUGCUAUACUGAAGGGUGAUCCCGGCACAAGAGGUCCUCCAGGCAUCCCUGGGAGAGAAGGGCCGAAGGGAACCAAAGGUGAACGUGGAUUUCCUGGGCUUGCUGGAGAGAAGGGCGAUGAGGGCCUUCAAGGUGCUCCUGGACUGCCAGGCGUACCAGGACCCAGUGGACCUUCUGGAGUCACAGGAAGACCCGGACAUCCUGGUCCAGCAGGGUCAAAAGGCGAAAAGGGUAGUGAAGGUUCUCCUGGGAAACCUGGACCACCUGGGCCUCCGGGUAUGCCUUACAAUGAAAGAAAUGGAAUGAGCAGUUUGUAUAAACUCCAGGGAGGCGUGAGCGUCCCUAGUUAUCCAGGUCCACCAGGACCUCCAGGUCCAAAAGGAGAUGCUGGCACAGUGGGAGACCCGGGACCAAUGGGACUACCAGGACUGGAAGGACUCCCAGGGGAAAAGGGUGACCGUGGACCAGCCGGCAUGCCAGGAGUAGCAGGGAUACCGGGAAAGCCAGGAUCUCCUGGGUCCCCAGGGAUGCCAGGGGAACCCGGUGAAAGAGGACCUAUAGGAGAUAUAGGCUUCCCCGGGCCAGAAGGGCCACAAGGAAAACCACUUGGCGUUUUGGGGACAAGCAUGAGAAUUAGACCAUUUCAGUCUGUCAGCACAUCUCCACAUUAUGCUUCUGUCUUGAACGGAGAGAAAAUUUCGGUUACUUCAGUAGCGAAUUGGCCCAAGGUGCCAAAUCUGUGCAAAACUCCACUUUGCAAAACCAAUGGAAAAGAUGGAUUACCAGGUCCUCCGGGUGCUGUGGGGAGACCAGGAGACAGAGGACCCAAAGGAGAACGUGGAGAUCAGGGUAUUCCAGGGGACAAAGGUCCACAAGGUGAACGAGGGAAACCUGGCCCAUCAGGAGAAAAGGGGGAUGUGGGACCUAUUGGGCCACCAGGAGACAGAGGCUAUCCAGGAUCACCAGGUCAUCAAGGUCCCCCGGGUUCCCCAGGACCCCCUGGCUUUCCAGCUGAUACGGUUUCACUUGAAGAAAUAAAAAAAUAUAUCAAGCAAGAGGUUCUUAAGGUUUUUGAAGAAAGGAUGUCUCAGUUUGUAUCCCAGCUGAAGCUGCCUGCUGCAAUGCUCGCCUCCCAAGCCCAUGGGAAACCAGGGCCCCCAGGAAAAGAUGGAUUACCAGGGCCACCAGGAAAGGAUGGUUUGCCAGGGCCACCAGGAGAACGUGGAAUUCAAGGUUAUAGAGGACAGAAAGGGGAAAGAGGCGAGCCUGGAAUUGGACUGCCCGGUGACACUGGACCACCCGGCCCUUCAGCUACUGGCCUGCCGGGCCCGCCGGGAACGCCGGGCUCAGCCGGACCGCGGGGGCCGCCUGGACCCGACGGGAGAUGCAAUCCGGCGGAUUGCUAUUACCACGUGUCACAGACGCAGCCACGCACCAGCGGGAAAUAAAAACCCUCUCCCCUACGCGCUUGGGUUCACAGUCACUUGUCACUCCUCUCAAUAAGUUGAUUUAUCCUUUGCCAGAUUUGGUGCAUUUUUUUGUUUUCCCUCGACACUGCAUAGUGUAGAGAUAAUUAAUAAGGCACAGAACUGAGCCUUUUUCUAUAUUAUUUGCAGUGUCGUAAUUAUGAAAUGAUGACAUCAUAUGUUUUCCAGAGUGCAUUCCAUGUAUUAUGUUUCUCGUAUUUAUUUUGCUUAGAGGGGAAAAUAGGCCCAAAUAAUUUUCAUAAGCUUCUUUCUUUGAACAAAAAUUAUUUUAUUAUAACUUAAGGCAAUAUGUAUGCCUCAGUAUGUAAGCUGGCUUUAUUUUCUUGCUGGUGGUGAAGUUUAAAGGAAGAAAAUGCAUUUCUG